AUGGCCCACCGUUAUUUUCGCCUGUCGGCGGGCUGCAGUAACAUGUUGCGACUUCUCGUGGCUCGUUCGCCCGCCGCCAGUAGGCUGGUGACAAAACGGCUGGCGAGUGGGCAGGGUCUGUUGAGCGAGCUUCUAGUGGCCUGCAGGAGUUUGACCUCCAAACCGCCCAAAGGAUUUGAGAAGUAUUUUCCUGACAGUCAGAAGAAUUCCAGGGAAACUCAAGACAAAGAUGGCAAAGUUGACGAUUCUCCGAGAGAGGCGGGGCCGUCCAGCGGGGGAGGCGGUGCUGGAGGGGGAGGAGGCACGGGAAGUGGAGGGGGAGGCGGAAAAAGAGGAGGACGGAAGGAGUCGAACUGGUACAGCCGUCUACAGAAGGGAGACAUUCCAUGGGAUGAGAAGGACUUCCGGAUGUUCUUCCUGAGCAGUGUGGCCUUCUGGAGCGCCGUCACUUAUUACUUUCUGUUCAGAGAUGGAGGUCGAGAGGUCACCUGGAAGGAUUUUGUCAACAACUUCCUAUCCAAAGGAGCAGUAGAUAGGUUGGAGGUUGUUAACAAGCGGUAUGUCAAAGUCAUCUUCUCGCCCGGGAAGACGCCGGUUGACGGGCAGUACGUGUGGUUCAACAUUGGCAGUGUGGACACAUUUGAGAGGAACCUGGAGAGUGCCCAAUACGAGCUCGGCAUCGAGGGCGAGAGCCGCGUGCCUGUUGUCUACGCUACUGAGAGUGAUGGGAGCUUCCUCCUUAGCAUGCUGCCCACCGCCCUCAUCAUUGGCUUCCUACUUUUCAUGCUGCGACGAGGCCCCGCAGGAGCAGGUCGGCCCGGACGCGGGGGCAUGGGUGGCUUGUUCAGCGUCAGCGAGACCACAGCUAAGAUCCUCAAGGACGAAAUCGAUGUCAAGUUCAAAGACGUAGCGGGCUGCGAGGAGGCCAAGUUGGAGAUCAUGGAGUUUGUCAAUUUUCUCAAGAACCCUCGGCAGUACCAGGACCUGGGCGCCAAAAUUCCCAAGGGCGCCAUCCUAACCGGGCCGCCAGGCACGGGGAAGACACUUUUGGCCAAGGCUACAGCCGGCGAGGCCAACGUCCCGUUUAUCACCGUUAACGGGUCAGAGUUUCUGGAGAUGUUCGUGGGUGUGGGCCCGGCCCGGGUCAGAGAUCUCUUCGUCAUGGCCAGAAAGAAUGCGCCCUGCAUCCUCUUCAUCGACGAGAUUGACGCGGUGGGACGCAAGCGGGGACGAGGAAAUUUUGGGGGUCAGAGCGAACAGGAGAACACCUUGAACCAGCUCCUCGUUGAGAUGGACGGGUUCAACACAGCGACCAAUGUGGUGGUCCUGGCUGGAACCAACCGAGCAGACAUCUUGGACCCGGCGCUGCUGAGGCCCGGACGAUUCGACAGGCAAAUUUACAUCGGUCCUCCUGACAUUAAAGGUCGAGUUUCCAUCUUUAAGGUUCACCUUCGUCCUCUUAAGUUGGACCCCAACGCAGAUAAAGACGCUUUGGCACGAAAAAUGGCGGCGCUGACACCUGGAUUCUCAGGUGCCGACAUCGCCAAUGUUUGCAAUGAGGCGGCUCUCAUUGCUGCACGGCACCUCUGCGACUCCAUCGAGCAGAAACACUUUGAGCAGGCCAUCGAGAGGGUCAUCGGAGGCCUGGAGAAGAAGACACAGGUCCUCCAACCAGAGGAGAAGAAGACUGUGGCAUAUCACGAGGCCGGUCACGCCGUUACUGGCUGGUUCCUGGAGCACGCAGACCCAUUGCUAAAGGUGUCCAUAAUUCCCCGUGGGCGGGGUUUGGGCUACGCUCAGUAUCUUCCCAAGGAACAGUUUCUGUACACAACAGAACAGUUGCUGGACCGUAUGUGUAUGAUGCUGGGAGGCCGCGUGUCCGAGGAGAUUUUCUUUGGCAGGGUCACCACCGGCGCGCAAGACGACCUCCGCAAGGUCACUCAGAGCGCCUACGCGCAGAUUGUGCAGUUUGGAAUGAACUCCAAGGUGGGCCAGGUGUCUUUCGAUCUUCCCCGACAGGGUGAGAUGGUUCUGGAAAAGCCGUACAGCGAGGCUACGGCGCGUCUCAUCGACAGUGAGGUCCGCGCCCUCAUCGCUGACGCCUACCUCAGAACGCAGCAACUUCUCAACGACAAGAAGGCCCAAGUGGAGAAGGUAGCGCUGCGGCUGCUGGAGAAGGAGGUUCUGGACAAGAAUGACAUGGUGGAGCUACUGGGCAAACGUCCCUUCUCAGAGAAGUCGACAUACGAGGAGAUUGUGGCUGGCACGGGCGGAGAGGACGAGGACACAUCGCUGCCUGCGGGCCUUAAGGACUGGAACCGAGAGAGAAAAGAAAAGGAGGAGACCCAGGAAGAGCAAGUGGCCCGUCAGAUCUCUGGAGGAAUGCCUUUUUAG